AUGGCUUCUAUGCUGCCAGAAGUUGUAUUUUUUUAUGGUCCCCCUUUUCCAGUAAGUAUAUAAACUUUUUCGUGACAUCUGGGUACGUGAUGCGGGAACCUGAGGCACUUUUUUGAGCGACACAUGCCCGAGAUUGUCGUCCUGCCUUUCUUGCGUUGUUUGAACUUAAGCUUACAUUAAUUUUUAUUUUGUACUUUUUAGGGAAAAACGUUGUUUUACGUUCAUGAGUUUUCUCAAACACAUGAGAGGAUAUGUCCUCAUGAGCUUUUUGAAGCUGAUCCUUCUCUGAGCCUCAGAGCUGUGAUUCUUAAAGUUGUCAACGUUAUAAGCAAGGUAAGGGGAGAUCAACUAAUGAAGUGCAUAAUAUCCCGUGGGGCAUGGGCAAGGAAUUAGAAUUUCACCGAAGAAAUAUAUCCAAGAAAGGGGAGAAAAAUUGUGGUAGUAAGCUUAGAUUAGGGACAUAUAUUGAGUGCACAGGCCUAUACAGGUCACACAAGGCAAGGGAUGAAAUGUCAGUGGUGUGGGGUUGGGGUGGUGUUGGUGGUGGUGGCGGCGGCGGUGGAGGGUGGGGCUGGUUGUCGGUUUAAUAAAGCCGUCCACAAACAGAUGACCUCAUUAUAUUUCUGUCCCACAACUUCCUAAACAACAACAGAUAUGUCCACCUGGUCUUAGGUAAAGGUAUAAAUUGAGGUGUCGAAUCCUUAUCUGUUGCCAGAACCUCAUGCAUACAAGAUUUACUUUGCUCAUUCAGUUUUUUCAACUACUGUGGACUGCCCUGUCCAAUUACAUUAUACAUUCAUAUAUUACCCCAGUAAAUACCAUGAAUUAAUUUUAAUUUUUUUGUAAUGGCUAGUGUAUGAGAUUUAUUAAUGAAAACCUCUCCUAAUAAUUGCAAAUCAUCCGGGCUUGGCCUUGCCUUUUGACUACAGGCUACCAUUUUUUUUGUACAGUUAUAUAAAUCUGUUUCGGCUCAGAAAUAUAUACAAAUGGACAGCAGACAAUUCUUGUCUUAAAAAUAUGAUUCCAUUUCAGGGACAGAGUGUUGUUUUGGAUGAUGAAAAGAGCACCAAGAAGUCAAGAAAAUCUUACUUGAAUAUUAUCAGAAAUAAGGUACAGCUGUGUGGUGUGGUUAAAUGUUUAUGACCUUUUCUGUAUUUUUACAAGUUAGCAAGUCAAUAAAUUUUGUAAAUAAUAUUAGUUCUUAGCUAAUUGUUUCAGUUUAAUUCUGCAGGUUCCAUACUGUUCCUACAGAGUGGUACAUUUUCAUGUUAGUUCUUGUGACGGACUGUUGAUCUGUGAAUGGGCCAGAGAAUGGCAACUAGCUCAUCAGUUUGAAUGUCUGUCAGAUGAUGCAACAUUUAAAAUUGAGACUGUGAAGAACAGUGAGCAUUGGUUUGAGAAGAGAAGUGCAGGUAAGAUUUGGCUUAAUAACAAGCUGAUGCAUUAAUAGAAAAUUUAUUUUUACAUUUAAUGUACUGCAGUAAUUUGAAAAGUGAUGUCUUUUGCUCCAAGAUGGGUUGUGCAGCUUUUAAUUUUUCAGAAUUACCUGACAAGGAAGAGGGGUUUAGUAAAAUUGAUCAGGUGGAAAUCCAGUUGAUAUGUGACACACCUUACAAGGUAACAGAAAAAUUUUCAUUAGCGAGCUAAAUCAAAGGCGUUUUUGAGCAAUUAUGCACGUCAACUGGAAGUGACAACUUUUCCUCUUUAAUAAUAUGCCUUCAUGCUGCCAAAUUUGUUGAUACAAGUCAUUACUCUUAUAGAGAUAUGUGUUGCUGGAAAAUUUGAGCAAAACCAGUUCCCAAGAAUGCAAAAAGGUCAUUUCUAGUUGAUGUAUGUGGCUCAAAAACGUUUUACUUAAUAAGCCCCUUAUUGAUUCUUUUUAGUAUUCAAGAUGUUUGACAGAUAGUUAAAGGCAUUUGUCAUAAGUCUCUGUGUAGCUCAGAUGCUUUAGGAUUGACCCAAAAGUCUGUGAGUUUACAUUGUAAAUUUCCAAGCACACUUCAAUUCUCAUAUUUUUUGAAAAAAAAAAAAAUACAAAAUAAAAACCUGUAUUAAUAAUUUGGGUGACACCUUCUUGAUCUAUGAAGUUGACCACUAACUAUUCUGCAGUUUGUUGUUCCAGCACUGUUUCUCCAGUGGGAGGGACUUUUUGAUGAUGCAGAGGAAGUUCAGUGUAAUACUAAGAGGGUGGCCAUUGGCAUUAUAGGAAAGUGGAGCCAGAGUAAUCCUUGUGGAAGAGUUAUUGUAUUUCAUAUGAGUGCCAAGCAGCCAUGUCCUGGUAAGGCAAUAGUUAUACCUUGUCUGACUAAAAAAGGUUCACUUGUCUUACAGUCCAAAAAGGCUCAUUAUCUGUACCCCAUAGCUUAUUCCAGACUCUGUUGCCCAUAAACCACAGAGAUUGGAUUGGAUUUGAUCCUACAACACCCAUACUGUAACUCACUAAAUGACAAAAGUUUAGGGGCAGGAAUGUAGAGGUUGAUUUGAUCUAGUCCUUUCCAUGGUUUUGUAAUUGGCCAAGAAUUUGCAGGUGUACAGUUGAACCUCCAUUAAGCGGCCACCCUUGGUGUACCGCCAGCAAGUGGCCGCUUUAUGGAGGUUACUCAAUAGAGUUUCAUCAUAAAAUAAGCAUAACAUGAGCAUCAUCUUAAGCAGAAACAUCACUUUAUUUUGAAACAAACAGGCGACAGAAGCAGCAUCACUGGUCCACAAUCGGGCAUCACCUUCUAUCCCAGACAGUAUUUUCCUUUAUCUUAUCUUUUGAAGGUCUCCAUGAGGCCCUGCUUGUUUCCAAACCCUAAUUUUUGUUAAAUGAUCAUUAAAUUUUUUUCUCUUUAGAUAAUGCAGUUUUUAUAUAAGUUAUUGGAUUUCCUAUGGAUUAGGCAAUUAUAUGGGAUUUUAGGGUCAGCUGUGGAAGAUCUCACCAUCAUGUAAUCAUAAAAGCCCUCAAAAAUGUGAAGUAAAGGCUGAUGAGCAAGGAAACAUUUUUAUGAAAUGUCCUGCUAAGCAAAGCCAGCUGUGUUGAAGUUACUGAAAUGUAUAAAAUGGAAAAUAAUACUUACCCCCACACACCCCCAUGUUAAUGCAUUAUUGAACUGAAUUUCAAUAUUUAUUGUAAUUUAUUAUUUCCCCUUAAUUGUAACUACGUUUUUCAAUUAUCUCUUUAAUUUGUGUUUCCUUAAACAGAAGGAAGCUGUGAAUGUGUUGAAAAAAUGAAGAGGGAUUUGAGUGAACUGGCAACACAGGUACAUGACAUGGAAUAGCGUACAGUGUAUGGUUCCUAAAAAUAUCCCUACCCACCCCAUGGAGGGCUACUGGACAAGGUGGGUUCUGGCCCAAAAUUUCUAAAAGAAAGUCUAAAGCUUGACUCAGAAAUUCCCAGAGGGGUGGGGUGGGGUGGGGUGGGUUGGGGUGGGGGCUCAUGAAACCAAGAAGCCCUCCUUAGGGGAGUACAAGCAUGAUUAUUUUCUGUUCAUAGCAAACCUCCACCAGCUGCUUUGCUUGCCUUUCUCUCCCAGCCCUGUCUGUUUACAGAGGUUCUAUUUUCUCUUAAUGGGUCAUCAUGUGUGUGUAUGAAAAUCAAAACUGCAGGGGAUAUAUUGACUGCUAGCACAACAGGGUAUGGGCUGAGUAAAUGAGUGAAUAGCUCCCUCCUUUAAUUUUUUUUCGUGCACUCCGCACUUAAAACUUCUGGAGGAGACACUACCACAGCCCUAAAAUUAAUUUUUUACCACUGAGAUCUACUAAGGAUACUGGCUUCAUCAUUGAAUAUGGCUUCAUUUUUUUUACUUUAUCAUGAGCUCUGUCUGUUAACUGGUUGUCCACAUGCACACACACGCAAAAACAAAAAAUAAUAAUGGUAAUAAAAAGCAAACAAAACAAAACAACAACAACAACAUUAAUGACAACAUCUCAAAAUUCUCAUGUAAGUGUUUCUUCUUUCCUUUUUUUCAGACUGAUGUCCCUGUUUACUUUGUGCACUUUUCUUCAUUUAUGGCAAAGUUUAGCAGACCUCCUAACCCAGGAUUAUUUGCCUGGCUUCAGAAACUUCAUACCAUUGAUUUGUCCAGCAGGGUAAGGUUAUGGCUACAUUGUUUGAAGCCUAUGGUUAACUUUUCUCUCGAGUUAUUGUAGAAACUAUUACUAACUGGAUUUGCAUCAGCCAUCCUUCGAAAAACUCAGCAAAGACUGUUACAUGUACUUAUGUGCCAUGAGGUGUCCUUUGUUGGUAUGCAGGAUGCUCAAAUGGGCAUGUGUACCUCACUGUGCAUGACCUUGAUUUUGCGUUGGAUGUGUGAAAGUCUUUGGUGAUUUUGCUUGAGUUUGUGUUAGCCAAAUGUCAAGUUUUAUACUAGCCUUCCACGCAGACUUUUUUACUUUUUUUUUUCAUGCGUUCCUUCCCCACAAAGAAACGCAUGACAAAACCCUAAGAACGUCUGUGUGGGAGGCUACCUUUUAUGUCAAAUUCACGAUUUCUUUUGGUUUUAUAAAUCGAUAUAAAUGUUAGUUGGAUGAGAGAGCGACACCACAAGCUAAGUAUCUGUAGGCAAAACUAAGUAUACAACAAAUCCCUUUGACACAGUAUACAGCUGUACUAUGUUUUUCUGUCAUCAGGCCACUUUUUGUGUGUGUUCAAGUGAUGCUCAUCAGAAGGCUGCAAGUGCAGCAGGAGUCAAGUCUAUCAAGGUUAAGUCUUUAGUUUUAUAUUAAUAUAUAGAUUUAGCCACAGCUAAAAGUGAAGCUCCCAUUUAUGCAUUUUAAAUUUACCUCAGACAAUGGACUUGAAACCAUUGCAAAGAAAUCAACAAAUCUAUAUUUAACUUAACCGUAUGACGGGAAAACAUAACCUUGAGCUUGCGAUCAGUUAUAAGCUAACAACUGGUCAGCGGAAAACUUAAAAAAAAAACAUGUGGCCUCGAUGAUUUGGCACCUGCGCCUGCGAUACGGUCAUGUGACUCUGGUCAGCGGAUACUCUGUUUUGGCAGCUGUCAGUUGACCAUAAUAUGGAUAUCUUAUCAAGUUAAACACAGGUUACAGGCUCCCGCACUAUUUUGACAAUUCACACUGGUUUCACUGUCGUUCGGACGGACGGACUUAUGGUCACGUGAUUACCAAAUUUUCUUAGGUAUGGGCUCCUCUCUGCUGGAGCUCCGCUAUGAUGCAAAAACUACCUUUUUUCCAAUAUGUUUGCAUAGCUGCUGACCACGUGAGUGAAGACGCUCUAUUGGUUAUGUUUUAACAUCGCAUGAGACUCGGUCGGUGUCGUGUCGAAGCGCACUGUGGGACCUUUUUCGUGGACGAAUUCAGGGACCCAGUUUCCUUUGAAGCUCCCCUGAAGCACAAGAAGCGUUCAUCCCCAGUCUCACAUAGCCUCAAAAUUGACCAUUCAAGUGACCGUCCAAAAUAUAAACGAUGAUGACCCUUUUCUUGUCACUCAUAAACUUACAUGUACAGUGGAACCCCGCAUUACAACAGUUCUUCUUAUACGAUCAACUGGUCACUAUGACCACACUACUUGCACCCAAACUAAAAAACAAUCAGUCGUUAUCUUUUCUGUAGAACUCGUCAAGAAGAUAAUAAUUUUCAUAUUUGCCUUGCCGGUUUUGGAGGAUCUCCAAGAUGUUAAUAUUUUUCAGUUUUAAUGAACUUACUAAUCAAGAAUACAAUCAUGUAGAAACUUACACUUUUUUCACGUGAUUAGAAUUAUAAUCUGUUGUACGAUGGUUAUUUUUUUGUUAUUUUUUAGGCAGAUAAACUCCUGCAAAAUCCAGAAAUGGUAAGGGCAAUAAUGGUGCUUUGCUGGUGCGAUUCUGAGCUAGAUCAUUGUCUCCGCGACUCUGUCUGAAGUAACUAAUGUAGUUAUCCUUUUCACACGUUCUUUGACUGUAGAUAAAUGCUGUACAUGUUGGAUUAACAGCACAAGUCCCAGACUACGUCAAGAAAGCAAAACUAGCGUGGUUCAGCUCCCAGAUUAGACCGUCCGCCUGUGUGCCUCUGUUUCUUCGGGCUAAAUCGUCCUUCAGCAGUCCUUCCAAUGUAACUACGCAGUGCUUCUUAACAACAAACAAUGAACGUGUUCAUGGAGUUUGCUUCAAGGACUUUUCAACUUUUGACAGGUUUGCUUUGUAAUUAAUUACUUUUCUUCUCCGAUCUACCACUUUUUCGGCUUGGGAAGAUUACGAAUGAAAAACAAAUGAUUGCAUUUCUUAUUACUCAUUAGCAAGUUGAAGCUUCUCUUGUUUUUCCCUCUAUCAAACGACUAUAAUUGUUCAUUCACUUUCUCAUUGUUCAUUGCUUUUCUUAUCCAGUCUUGCGCCAAGUUUUUUUGUUCUGCCUCCCAAGGAAACAUUCUCAUAGUUAUAGAAUAUAUUAAAAUCAAUAUUAUUCCAGCGUUACAGGUAGGCUUUCUCGUAAACGAUCACCAGUCUCUUAACAAAUUUCUUGUGAAAAUUUUUGAAACGUUUAAGUGACCCGGUCUAAUUGUAGUUGUAAUUUGUAAAUUGUAAAUAUCUUAUUAUCCACUCCCCUCAGGUCUUUUCAGGGAUACGUAAUAUAUCAACAUGAGACGCAGUGUUUCAUGUAAUAUAUCAAACAUGAGAUGCAGUGUUUCAUCACCAGAUGAAACACCGAGAAGAGAGUUGAAAAUACGACGCGCAGCGGAGUAUUUUUGACGAACUUCGAGGUUAUGCUUGAUAUUACUUCUCAAACAAAAUGAUUUAAGAAGGAGAAAUUAGGGAUGCAAAAGUGAGCAGUUUUUCCUCUGAUUUCCAAACAUUCACUAAACAUUAAUUUCCUUUGUAUUUACUUACUUUAUGAAUUACAGUAUUAAUGAGUUUGAGAAAGUAAUUUACAACACUGAUUGGGGGAUCUUUGCCAGUUGUCAUCGAGCUUUAUAAAGAUUUUCCAGUCCAGCGUUUUGCUUUUGACUCCUGACUGUGUCUAUUAUUCUUUUCACAGUUUUAACUCCUGUUACCAGAACACUGCAGUACCAACGAAGCCUGCAUCAAGAGAUAUCUUCAAACUUAAAGACUGUUUAAGUAAACAAAAUGUCUUCGCCAAGAAAACACCGCCCAAAACUGAGAGUAACACACCUCCUGGAACAUCUAAUGUUUCACACGAUAAAACACCGCUGCGUGAACAAGCUGAUAAGCACACAAGUAAGCAAGGGACUUUGUGUUGAUAGCUGGUAAUGCCUUUCAAUAGUUAAUAAAGUGUAAAAGGUUACUUACAACCUCUUUCUCAGGUUCUCUAUCCUACCCGUGGGGACGGUUAGGAAAGAACCCUGGGAGCGAGGUUGGGUUAUUUAGCCCAACAAUACAGGGUGUCCCAAAAGUUUUUUUUCUCUAAUUUCAUGCACUAUAACUUUUGAUCAAAACUUUAUUUUUACAUGAAAUUUCUAGAAGAUGUUUAUUUCUCUAUCAAGUACAUGUGUUCAGAAUUUCAGUGACUGGCAUGCCCUUUUAAUUUUUUUUAUCACAUUCUGUAGCCGUUGCGACAUAAAGUGGGAUACAGCGUGUAGACCCACAAAUGAUCCAUUUUGAGCUUUUUUAUCACCUGGUGCGCAGGGUCCAGUUCAACCCCCAAACAAUAUUUGUUUAGUUUAGGCAGCUGAAAAAUAUUUUUUUUGGGCAUUCAUCCAAAAAAGAUAAUCAUCCCGGCCCCCUUCCACAGCAAGGCUUUUGUAAUUCUUUACAAAUUUGAAACGAGCUGGGCGUUAAUUGGCAAACUUAACUCUCUUUAAGACAGAGUCAACCUAACAAGGAAAUCUAAAUUUAGUAUUGUCUCCAGUUAUUCUUAUGUCUCUGUAACACAAACCCCUUUUUAAAAAAGGACACCUAGUACUGGUUUCUGCCCCUUUUCGGUCCUUUUGUCUGACUCAAAUUUGGACCAGCGUCUCUCUAAGGCGCAUUGUUAUGUUACAGACCUUUAGAUUCGAGGACGAGAUUUAACUUGAAAGUCUUUCCGCGCAUUCUCAAAACAUAUACACCCCGGAAAAGUUAUUACGGAAUUUUUUUUUAUUAAAGGAGGCCAAGCCCUCUCCGGAUAACAAAAUGAUAAAAUCUCUAACAGCUCAUAACUUGUUUCCACCACUACGACAUUCUCGCAAAAGCCCGUAGUAGAAUGAUGAUGGCUCUCACAUUUUCUCGCCAAAAUGACGCUGGUUCACGCGCGUGCACUUCUUAAAAUUGAGAAAAUCUCGUUCUUAUAGUCUCUCUCGUCUUAGGGUCUAAAGGUCGUUAUUGCCUGUCCUAACGGCUUCCGUGUUGCAGAGAGUGGUUGAUUCUUUAAUAUGAUUUAAAUUAUGAUGCACUAUUAAUAUAUUAGUUUUGUUUUUCAGUAACUGCCAGCCCUGUCACGCCAAGUCUACUGGCCAAACAUUUAUCACCAACCGAUAUAGAAGGCCUUGCUUUUAGUCCAGGGCAUUUUAGACGAGGGGAAGGCUGUGUAAAGCUCAUUCGGAACGUUUCAAUCUGCGUGGAACAAGAAGGGGUCCUGUUUGCUGCUAAAUGUAAGAAGGCGUGCUGUUUUAUUUGAGGUCUUGUCUCUGUUUGGAUGCCCAUGUCUGGGGUUGAGCAGUGGCUUGCCUUGGAGUGCUAUGGUGUGAUAGGUUUGGUUUGCAUUAAAGAAUUUAAUGUUCUAACUGUGGUUUUGCCUUUACUUUACUGCAGGUUUAGGAUCUCAAGGUCAACUGUAUGAUGUUUCUGCUCUUCUCAAUCAAGAAGGUAAGUAAUCUAAUGCAAAUAACGGGCUUAGAGAAGAGUCCGUGGUAAUGUCGUCACCAAAUUUAUGUCCAUGGCUGCCAUUGCCCGGGCGAUAUGGCUGUGCGCAUGCGUGAGGUACUGGCCAGGCCGUGGGUUGGUGUAUGUCUGUGUCACAUGCUCUUAAGUUUGUCCAAAUUGAAGGACGUUACGACCCUUUCGAUUUUUUCACAGCCGUACGAAAACGAUACCAAUGUUUAGAUGCAAGUUAGUCACCAUUGCCAUUCUUGAAGUGAAUUUGAAGACACUGUUAUCCUUCAGCCUUUUAUUUAGGCAAGCAUAGUCUGAGAAAACAGCGGACAUUUCGAGACGCCACCACUAGUUUCCCUGCUAAAUGACGUCUGAGAAACGAGCGCGGGAAUUCCAUACUGAUGACGUGUCACUAGCCAGAGCUGGGUGUUGCUUCUGAUUGGUUUCAAAUAUGUUUUAUCCAAUCAGAAGCACUACCGACCUCUUGGUAGUGACGCGUCAUCAGUAUGGACUUUCUGCGCUCAUUUCUCAGACUUCAUUUCGCGAGGAAACCAGUGUUGGCGUCGCGGAAUUUCGGCUCUGUUCUCAGUCUAUAUAGUGUCAUCGACAACUCUCCUAGAACCAGGGUGAGACGUCAGGCCUCUCCGAUCAUGUCUUCCCUUCUGGUCGGUGGGAAGCGUGGUGAACUCUUACGUAGCUUUUCGAAUUUUCACCAUUUUCUUGAAAUUGUCGAUUUCUCUGCUUCGCUUUCGGGAAGUUUACACCCUGAACAUCGUCUGGUUAGCCCCGUUGAACUAAAAAUAGCAAAUAAAAUAUCUCAACUACUACCAGAAACCGAACGCGUAACUGAAAUGAAGCUAUGACAAAAUUAACUGAAUCCUAAUAUUGUCAUAAUAGAAAUGAUAGACACGGGUGCGUUGCGUGGCGGAUAGCAAUUUACCUCUUUGCUCAAUUGCGCCCAAAGAGAGGACAUUAUCACUGUUAUAAAUAUGUGUUACUUUUACGGACAGGUGUUGUGCGAGCUGUCUGCUCAUGCGCAGAUCCCGCCAGUAAACUGGGAAAAUGUAAACACUCAGUUGGACUAUUACUGUGGUGCAAGGAAGAGAAAAAUGUAAGCUCUUUCCUGUCAAUACCUUUAUUUAUUUACCUUCCAAAGACGUUUUUGAAGUAACCAUGAUAAACAAGCACUUGAAGCAGUGUUUUCAUCGGAUUUUAAGGGGCGAAGUAGUUGAUUAAAAAAUUCCGCGUUUUCUCUAAGAUCGACCUUCGAGGUUUUGGAAAAUGUGUCCAUUGUUUGAUAUGGCCUCUCGAACAAACAGUUAUUUUUUUCAAAGAAAUUCAUAGCUAUAAAAUAAAAGAGUUCCAAUUAUCAGUCCUGCCAAGAGACUAUAAAGGGGACAGAGAGGGCAUCCCCCAUAUACACCCUAUUCCAUAGGUAAUUCGUCUCGACUUAUUUUUAGAAUCGGGGUAAAGUUACCUCGCGCGAGGCGGGGAUGUUUCGUGGAGGUUUCGCAUGACCAAACGCCUUUCAAAACAUGUCUGGCGAGAGGCAAUGAAAGCGUAAAAAGAUCGAGAGCAUUCCUGAAUAUUGAAGCGAAGUGAGUCGGCGCUCACCUGGGAAAAAGGAAUCGCUGGACUCUUUGACAACCCGUGAAAUCAGUUUAACUCGAAGUUGUCGUAACCUCAGUGCUUUAAUAAAAUGAGAAAUUUCGCCGGUCUAUUGAAACCGGUCGUUUGUACAAUUUAGGGAGUUUCAGAUCCAACGACGCGGACGACAACUAGAACGUCAAAAAAACAAUAGGUUUAAUCAGCAAAGCAACAACUUCGCACGUGGAACACACUUUUUUGUUCAUUUCUUUCCCGUUUUUGCACGACUACGACGUGAAAAUGCCUAAUUUCGCGUUUUAUGGAGGACGUAAAUAAGUAACGACGAAAUUUUAUUUCUCUUUCUGAGCUUGAAUAUGGUCCCUUGAAAUUCAGCUUUAGGAGGGUUCGCCUACAAUUGACAAAGUAAGUGGGUAGGAAUAAUCGCUAUAAAGACUGAAAAAAAUAAACAUCAAACCAGAAAUUGCUCUCUUCAAACUGUAAAUUAUAAAUGAUCCUGAGAGAAUAUUCAGUGUGUUAAGGAUUUCCCUGCUCUACUGUUAGCUCUAUACAAGAGAGGAAGGGCGAUUCUUUUUUAAUUUCGGUUUCGCUGACACAGCUUUCGCAGAAAUCUCGCUGUAGUCGUUUUCGUCGACAAAAGGAAUAGCAAAAUCGCUCUCCGCGUCUUCCCCCAUUUUGUUCUGCGUCAUUUCGUGAAGGACGCGUGGCUCUCAGCGUGGGUCAUCCACGCGGAACACAUUCGCGCUAUGUGAUUGGCUGUUGUCUAAUCCCCCUUGAGAUCUGUGGUGUUAAAAAUAACUCGAGACGAAUUACCUAUGGAAUAGGGUGUAUAUGGGGGAUGCCCUCUCUGUCCCCUUUAUAGUCUCUUGGUCCUGCUACAUGGUAUUUGGGCUAGUGAUAGAGCCCGAGUAGAAAAUACCUCAACUUUAGUCUCAAUUCGAAGUCGCAAAUGAGCAAAUUACCCCGGAUGGUUCUCAUGGAAACAAUAUAAACAGGCAGAUAAAAUACCACAGAACAGGAGAGUCGGACAUGGAAGACGAGACGUUCUAGAAGCUCACGUUCUCUCCUAUUCUAAUCCUUAAUGAAUUAUUAACAAAAGGAAUACGGUGUUGUUCUGGUAGAGCCCACAACGGUCUUUUCUUCUUAGGUGAACAAAAUUAUCAACCCUCGUUCAUGUAGUCUGCCUAGUACAAGCAAGCUGGAACCCGUGGCAGGAUCAGUGGUCAAACAAAAGGUAAAGAUAGUGCCAAUCUCGCAGGUCCCAUGUUAUAAUGUUUUAAAAUUGUUUCAAUCAUAAAUUAUUGAACGUUUUGUCUACCCUUGGUGCCAGAGGGUUUUUUUCUCUUUGAGGGCGACGGAAUUUAGUGGCGAAACCGCGAAGGUGCGUUGAGAAGCGGCGAGAGAUAAAAAGUCUCCCGCCAAUCAGCACUUAAGCACUUCUAAGACCCUGAGCAUGCGGGAUACGUUUUGUCAGUUACUGCCUUCUAAAAGAUACAGUUGUAAACUAAUCGGGACACAUAGGUGUCCUUACAUCCUGGGUUUCUUACGUUCAGACGUUCAUAAAUCCAGGGAUUCUUACGCUCAGGGGUUCUUACGUCCAUGGGAGAAACAUGUGUGCCACAAAAGUGCUUCACUAGGACUGACAUUUUGAAAAUAGAUCAGUGUGUAAUGCCUUAUUCAAACAAAUUAUUGAAGCAAGGUUAAGUAAUAUUUCGUCCGCUAAACCAACCUCGUUUCCACCCUUGCCAGCGAGCACUUUCAUGGUGCUUGUGAUCAAUCGAGGACUAUAUUUAGUAAUGUAAAUGCCCUUUGAGAAGUCGGUAGUUCCAGUUCUCACGGUUUUAGUAACCCACUCAUAUUUCGAGUUUUUCCAGUUUCAUUUACCCUCGCUUUAAGGCAAAAAAAAAAAAACUAUUGCUAUUUAUGUUUUUCAGUUUUACUUGUACCCGUGGUCAUUUGUAACAAUGCCCUUUUCUUUUUUUGUUUUUGCGUUUUACACCUUCAAGAAAACUGGGUGCGACGAGUCUGCUGAACGCAGUCAAGGAGAUGAACCCACACGACGCGAAAAGAAUAAAUCACUUCCCAAUGGGAAAUCUUCUUUCACCAAGGUAUGUAUUUUUUCGUACUUACUUUGUGACGAGUCUCCAGACUUGCUCGCCCUGAAUGCGAAGCCUUACCCGCCCUGUUUGCAUCUUUUGAUUAACCGAAAAAUAUUUUUAAGUGGCUUAAAUUUCGAAAGCCGCAGCGGUGAAAAUUCUGGUAACGUAAUUUAUUCUACGACUGAAAUACGGAUAUUAUUCGUUUUUUCUAGACUAGUAGUGACCAUGAAGGAAAGCGAGCCGCAGAUGAAGUUUCAAAUGCCAAGUUGUCUCACAAAAGGUAUCGUAUUAUCUCAGGGACUAACCUGUACACAGACGUCGCUUUAUUUUUGUUUUCGUUCUUCUGGGAAACAUCGGCGAGCGCGCGAGCGACCCCCUUGCACUGGCGAUCAAUAAAUCCCCCGCGGUUUUUUUUAUGACGCGCGCUCGACGGACUUUUAAGAGAAAAUAGAUGGUCUGUGAACAGGACAUGAAGGUGUGGGACCCCAGGUAGGUGAGGUAACCCAUCUGUCUACUAUAUAAAAAUCUCACAUUUUAAUUUGACCACGAUUACACGAUAAGUGGGGUAACCCGCCGAGUCGACCGGGUACCUCUCCUAGCCAGGGUCAGAUUUUGUCAUAUAAACGUUGCUAGGUGGGUUAACCCGCCUAGCCGGGGUCGUAUUUGUGUUGCGCUAAGUUCGCGCCAACUGCCUUUGGUGGAGGCUUUGAAUCAUUCAACGUGACAACGGAAGGAAAGCCACAGCAUUGAAAAAUUGCAGCCAAGACAGUAAGUGAGAGUAGAAGACCAUUAACCGCCAAAACACGUCGUUUGCCCGCCAGUUUUUGUCUACGUCUAUAGCGACGAUUCAAUUAUCUUGAGAAAGUGCCCCCGGGAUGGCGGGGUUGUAAGAUUGCGUUGCAUUUUAUGGAAACAGGACCUCAGAUUUAAGUAACCUGCGUAGCAGCAUUUUUUGUUGGGAUGCAGGGAUGAAAAAUUGCGGUCAAGCCUGGGGAGGGAAAUUGGUUCUUCACUCUUCCCUAAUCAUCAUCGUGCUGCACUGAUGUCGCCAAUUACAAAGGCUAACUUGAGGACAGACCUUCCUUGAUCUCAGCAGUUUCGUUUAUUGUAGGAUGAAAACGAAAAAAAGCGAGAAUACGUUUUACUGCUUGAGUCCCGAGGAGCUGCUUCAAACUGCUGAAGAAAUACUGCAAGAGGUAAGAACGGGACACGAUGUCGGUUUCNGGGAGGGAAAUUGGUUCUUCACUCUUCCCUAAUCAUCAUCGUGCUGCACUGAUGUCGCCAAUUACAAAGGCUAACUUGAGGACAGACCUUCCUUGAUCUCAGCAGUUUCGUUUAUUGUAGGAUGAAAACGAAAAAAAGCGAGAAUACGUUUUACUGCUUGAGUCCCGAGGAGCUGCUUCAAACUGCUGAAGAAAUACUGCAAGAGGUAAGAACG